AGUUUUCACGGACCAUACCAACAAAACUCGAAUUACAAAAUAUUCCCUCGGUGAUUCUGAUUACGACUUCCGCUGAGGAAGUCGAAACGUCAGUCACUUCUUACGGUGGUUUCUUGGACUUUUUUCUCAUGUCAAAAUCACAUUCCUUUUUUCCGAAUAAAAAGCAAUGACCGAAAGUAAUGGCAACGAAUUUUGAUUACGAAAAAUGGUCCAUUGCAUCAACUAUUUAUAACACUGAAUUUAACAAUUAACUCUGAGCAUGUCAAAUUGUGCAAAUACCUAUGAAUAAUAAAUAACAACACAAAAUAACCAAAACAAAAUUAUUGUAUUGUGCUGAAGUAGGACCUUCAGGAUAAGGAUCAGUCUCCUUUUGAAAAGGGAAAGGCUCCCGUUCAAAUAAUUUUCGAGAAAAUUUACAAGCCAGUCAUCAUUCAGGUGUAAUCAUGGGCGUCAAGUGCAGUGAAAGAUGUACAUUUGCUAAGACACUAGUAAUGACGAUGAUCGUCAAAACAUCGUUUUUUUCAUAAUACUUUGAAAUAUUCGUUGUAGUCAGCGGUCUUAGUCGAUCGAUAUGACCCAGCCCCUCCAACAUGUCAGUGACCUGGUGUAUCAGGGGGUGAAUUACCCCUUUUCGGCCAUUUUCCGCUUUUAUGCACUCAAUUCACUUUGAAAAAAAAUUUUUUUCCUUAUUAGUUUAGUUUUAGCGGAGAGAUAUUCUUUAGCGUCUCUCACAGUUUAUCCGGCCUUCAGUUGACGUUGUUUACCUUCUAGGCGAAUACGACAGGUGUGAGGAGGAUCAGCUUUGACCAAUGAAACUUCUUAACUCGAUCAUUAAUAGGGUAUUUAAUGAAUAGUUUGAGUCAAUGUCUAUUCCCAGCAGGCAAUAAAAAUUGUUCCAGAAGAGUGUUAUCCUAUCCAAAGACUUCACUCAACGAAAGCCCCAGUGACGCACAUAAAGAUUCUGUCGACCUCGACCCGCUGAAGAAAACAAAAUACAGAUCCUUCUGAAGAAAUGACGUUCGUCUACACUGUAUUUUUUAUUGAAUGGGAAACAUGUAAAGAUUUCUUACGAGACAUACGAUUCCCUACGCGAAGUCAAAUUGAGGUUCAUGUGUUUCACCGUAAAGAUACCGACCAAAAUCAGCUUCGCAGCAUGAUUCCCGACAAAAGGCACCACGACGGCCGUCCAAUCAUCAUGAAGCACUCUUCACUGACAUCAUUUCCGAAUGCUGUCGAAGAUUUGCUCGUCUACUACGCGAGUUCGUUCGAUUUUUCAAGGCAUAAGAAACCCGAUGUUUACUUGGUCUCGGGCCAGGGUCGGCGCUACGAAGAGUUAGCGAAGAUCUUACGAAAAGACAAAAGGGUGUCGGCAUGGGUUAUCGACGGGAGAAGGACAACGCUUCUUGACUGGCUCGAUGCCAACUGUGUUUGCAAAAUGUGCAAGUUUAUAUUCGAAUCUGCACAUGAAGGAGUUCAGCAUUACGAUGAGUUUCAUAUGAAGUAAACGGACACGUGGAAAGGAUUAAACCAGAAAACAAGAAAAAAAAAAA